CGUUCGUUUCCUUGGCCAACAAGGUUUCCACACACAUAUACAUAUAUAUAAACAUGGCCCUUCUUCUUCUACAACCAUCGUGUUCUUUCUUCUGGGUCUAGCAGAGAAACUAUACCAGUUAAAAGACCAAGAAAAAGAUGGCGAAAAAGAUUGUGAUGAAGGUGGCGAUGAGCUGUCAGAAAUGCAAGACGAAAGCACUGCAGGUUGCCGCAACAGCAGAAGGAGUGAACUUUGUGGGUUUAGAAGGAGAUCAGAAAGACAAAGUGGUGGUGAUUGGGGAUGGAGUAGAUGCUGUGGCAUUGGCUAAGAAUUUGAGGAAGAAAGUCGGAGGAACUGAGAUUGUUACUGUUGCAGAUGUCAAAAGCUCCUGAAGAACUAAGUUUCCAUUCCAUGGGUUUAUUUAUUUUAAUUGCUAAUUUUUCUAUCUUGGUUUUCUAUUUUCUCAUUAAUUUGUAUAGAAAUUUAAGCGUUUGACUUGGUUGGCUUAGGGAUUAUGUUCCGUUUUUGUUGCUUAUCAGUGAUCACCAAUAAUUGGUUUUUCACUUUUUCCCAUCCUCCUCUGUUUUCUUUCCAAAACUUAAAUUUCUUCUUGUGGGUUGUGUGAAUUUUGUUGCUAAGGUAUUUUGUGUUCUUUAAUU